AUGUUUACAAUUGUUUCCGUAACCAUUGGAUGUUAUUUAAUGUCUGCAGCUGUUCGUUUAGUAAUUCUUCCACCUUUCCAUUUGGGGGAAAUUAAUGUUUGGAUAAUUGAAUUGGCUUUUGGAACUUUAUUGAAUUUAGGGGUUGCUUUAAAUGCUGUUGUUCUUUAUAUCUGCAGGUAA